GCAGACGGGUUGUUGGAGGAGAGAGAGAGAGGACGCACACCUGUCGACCAGCAGCGCUCUGCCCUUAAAUACAGUCUGAGAUUCACGCGUGUUUUGUUCCUCAGAGAGUCUCAGAGAGUCUCAGGAUGACGGACACUAUUUUACCAAACGGCAUCAAAGAAGGCGGAGGAGACAGCAGCUAUUUCAGAAAGGGCUGCAACCCGUUCGCCCAGACUGGACGAAGCAAACUGCAGAAUACACGAGCCAGUCUGAACCAGCAGAUCAUCAAACAGAUGAGGAUGAGGGCUGGAGCUGAGAACCUGCUGAAGGCUACGUCCAACAACAAGGUGAAAGAGAUGGUUCUGUUGGAGUUGAGCUACGUUAACUCCAACCUGCAGCUACUGAUGGGACAGCUGGAAGGACUCAACAGCUCAGUGGAGGUCUACCAGAACACCCAGGAUACUGCCAACAUCCCUCUCAUCGCUCUGGGUCUGAAGGAGACAAAGGAAAUUGAUUUCUCCACUCUAUUCAAGGACUUCAUCUUGGAGCACUACAGUGAAGAUGGGAACAGCUUUGAAGAUGAGAUUGCUGAUCUGAUGGAUCUGCGACAGGCUUGCAGGACGCCAAGUCGAGACGAGGCCGGGGUGGAACUGCUGGCAAAAUACUCCAGCCAUCUCCCUCUGAUGGAAAGCCGAUUCUUCCCCCCAACCCGCCAGACAGGAAUCUUCUUCACCUGGUAUGACUCCUUCACAGGGGUGCCGGUGUGCCAACAGAACCUGUCCCUGGAGAAGGCUAGCAUCCUCUUCAACAUGGCCGCCCUCUACUCUCAGAUCGGGACCCGUAGUAACCGACAGACGAUAGCCGGCCUGGAGCAGGCCAUCUCUGCCUUCCAGAAAAGUGCAGGUAUCCUCAACCACCUGAAGGAGACAUUCACCCACACACCCAGCUACGACAUGAGCCCAGCCAUGCUCAGUAUGUUGAUCCGGAUGAUGCUUGCUCAGGCUCAGGAGUGCCUCUUUGAGAAGACUGCGCUGCCUGGUAUCCGAAACCAGUUCCAUUCCCUCAUGAAAAUGACCCAGGAGGCUGCAAAGGUCUCAGAAAUCUACGACCAAGUCCACCAGUCCAUGAUCCAGACGCCGAUCAAAGACAAUGUACCAUUCUUCUGGUCCACCAUGUCCCAAGUCAAAACAAACCACUACCGCUCCAUGGCCCACUACUUUGUAGCCUCAGCUCUCCUGGACCACCAGUUGGGUCUCAGUGACGAUGAGGACCAACAGGAGAAGACCUUGUCACAGGUCUAUGAUCGCCUUCCUGAGGGACGCUCUCCUCUUGACAUCCUGAAAAAGAAAGACGAACGUGAACGCAUCGGUAAAGCACACAUUCGUCGGGCCAUACUGGGUCACGAGGAGGCUCUGAGGAUCUAUAGUUUGUGCCAUCACUUGAACACGCUGGGGGUCCUGGAGGACAUUUUGAGAGCAAGUCUCCAGCGCUCACUCAACAAGUGCAGCGAAAAUGAAGACGAGGACGACUUCGCUGACUACACGGAGGCCCCGGACAUCAUCUCUAAAACAGAGCACAAAGCAGAGAUGGAGGUUCCCCCAACCAUAAAGGUGAAAGUCACAGACUUCUUCCAGAGGCUGGGCCCUCUGUCAGCCUUCUCAGCCAGGCAGCGGUGGACGGCCCCAAGGACAAUAAAACUUCUCAGAGACCUGGGCUUCACCCUGAAAGGAGAAACACCAGUCCAGGUGGUUUCGUUGGACCCCCAUUCCACAGCUGCUAUUGAUGGUCUGAAAGAGGGUGACUACAUUGUUGCUGUCGGCAACACAGAUUGCAAAUGGAUGGGCGUGAGCGACGUGAUGCGGCUGCUGAAGGAUGUGAACGAGGAGGCGACUGACAUCCAGGUGGUCAGCAUUAUGGACACUAACCCUCCAAUGCCAACCAAGAGUGCCACCUUCAGCGGAAACCUGCCUAAGACCUACUCCAUGAUUUGUCUGGCCUAUGAUGAUGACGACAAGAACCCCAAGUCCCGCAAAGUAACCAAGAAGUCGUCCUUCCUCAACUUUGGUCUGAAGAACCGGCUCAAGAGCGCCAGCACCCUCAGCCUUCCCACCGCCGACCACUCCGGUGCCCAUCCCUGGAAUAAACCCUGUCCGUCGUUCCCCAGCUCCAGCACCUACAACGACAGUGCGCUCUACUGAGCUGGCUGCAGACUUUUUACUGUCUGCAAGCAUCGUGCAGUAUGCAUAUUAGGCCUAGUAUGGCUAUAUAUAUAUAUAUAUAAUGCUGUGUUGUACCCAUACUGGACCUGCUAUGAUACGGUACCAGUGCCCUUUGGUGUUUCCAGUAGUCUAUGUAGGUUUUAUGUCGCCAGUGUAAUGAUGACAUUUCUGCCAGCUACCUUGGAAAGUGGCUGUGCCUAAUACUGAAUAUAGGUGCCUUUGUUGGUACAUGGGCGCCUUCAUAGCACAGUUCAGUAUCAGAAGUAAACACCAAACAUAAUGGGAAAUCAUUCUGUACCACGCCAGUAUGUGUACAGCACUGUAUAACUGCACUGUGGGAAAAGCCUGCCAGUUAUCAUUCCAGUCUAUAUAUACAUAUACAAACACACACAGCACUGAGACAGGCUUCUUAGUUACACUGUCAUCUCAGUAUGUUUUCUUGAAGAAAUGCUCCAGACGAUUUGAGGGACGCAAAAACAAAGUUGUACAAACACACCCAGCGAAGGUUUUGACUUGGCGGCAAGGGGGUCAUUUACUGUGGCUUAAGCGCUCCCUUGUUAGUUCCAUUGUGACCUGACGUAGCUGUGCACUGUGCACUGUGCAGUUAUAUUCUCUGUUUAGCCUCAAUACAGGUCGUGUUUCACACGGUAUAUGUGAAGGAUUAGGUCAUUGCCACAAUAUUUGUUGAAAUCAGUGGAUACUUAUUGGUUUUGAGGUUUGAAAUAUUUACAUUUUCUAAAUAGAUAAGUAGAUGUUUGAACCUUGGCACAGAAUGUUUAAACAGUGAUUUAGAGGGAAAAAGUAAUUGUACUGUGCAGUUGUUUUUUGUCUGGGGAGAGUUGACGAAUGAAAAGUUCUAUAAGCUGCUAAAAAACAAAAAAUCACAUACAUACCUUGUAUUAUUGUCACUUUUGCGUUUGCGAGACAGCCUUUGAAGGAUUAUUGUUUCUGCUGAGUGCCAUGCCUGGGUAAUGGAAUCAUUGGUAUUUUAGGUUUGCUUAACAUGCCAGUUAUGCCACAGACCAAAAUGCCUCCACAUCCGUAAUGUGCCAGGAUGUGCCAUUUACCAUCUUGACUCAUCUAACCCAGUUCUGGCCCUCUCUGAUCAGUGCUGCUGCCGUCUGGCAGUUUGUCCAUUUGUAAGGGGAGCAUGAGCUGCGUGUGUCUGUUAAUGUGAAUCUUAAUGUAGUUAAAAGGUUAUUUUGUCUCCAGAAGGGAAGAAUGUGGGCAGACCAAUGACAUUCCUGCAUACCUGGACAGCCGGUCACCCAACAGUGACUUUGAUCAAAGCCCAGCGUCAGGUUUCUGCUGUUUGCCUCUACCUGUCUUAAACCUAGUCGCAUCCCACAUUUUACUGACACUUUGCAGUGUUGGACUUUAUCUUUAUCUACAAAGUAGAUUCUUAUACACAUUUGAUAAUCAAAUUAUUUAUGUAAAAAAAAAUACACACAAAAAAUAAUAUUUUAUAUAUAUAUAUAUAUAUAAAUAUAUAUAUACUUGUACGUUGUAGGUUUCAGAAAUAGUUUGUGAAUGGUCAAGUUGUGAAUUUUUGCACGUUGGAUUUCUUGGAGGAAUGUAUUUUACUAGCCUUGCUCAAUCCUUUGGUGAACUAUAUAUACUGGUACAUUUUGUCUAUAGAAAGAUAUUUUAAAUGUUUUUAAAUAGUAACACUGAGAAUAUGUAACACUCUUUACUGUCUCUGUUUACCGAAUGUGGUGUCUUAAGUGCCAUUUAUGCUUACUCAUGAAGGAAAAUGCCACGAUAAGUGUGUUACAAGAACGUGCAGUAAAUGAUUGCUAUUAAUAAGUGCUAAUAGAGGAUUUCACGUGCAUAGGGAUCCUAAAUGCCUCGGUCUAUGCAGAGGGUUAUGGUACCUGUUCUUCUAUAGGUUUCAGGUUGCCUUUGCUUUUCUCCCUGAACUUUGUACUGCAUAGAAACUGUGGUGUGAAUGCUUUGUCUGUAAGUCUUUGUGUCAUAUGUACAAACUCAAAUAUCAAUAAAAAAG